AUGACAAACAGCCAGAAUUCCGAGGUCAAAGAGAAAAAAAUGUCACCCAAGCCUGAGCCGCCUGCCGAGACGGCAAUACUGUCCCCAGGAGUCGCAGAAUCGGACGGGAUCAGUCACGGGAGUCAGUGGAUUCAAACAAAAAUGAUCGAUCCUAUCAUGCAUUUCACGCAAAGUUCGACACUGACAUCCGAAGCUGCACUGCUGCAGGACAAACUGAGGCUGUACGGGAUCCUCGCCGACAUAAACGAAAAAUUCGUAGCGAUUUUGGACAAGGCGGUGCCGUCGAUGACUCCUGUUACCUGCGACACGGAAACGUACCAUCAACUGCGCUGCCUGAAUCAAUUGGUCAGAUCGAGAAUCGAGCAGACGGACCAAAUGUUGUCUCAAAUGUGGAUCGACAAAAGCUUCGUUCUCGCCAGUCCCGUUUCCGUGAGCAGUACCGAGAACAUCUGCUGUCCGAGUGUGAAAAAAAAGUCCAAAGGUAUGCAAAUACCGGUUAUAACUACCAGCGAUUUAGGAUUUGUCCAGGAGCUCAGAGAGAAGGUCAGGAGAAAACUUGAUUUUUACAAUUAUAAAAGUAACGAUAACGAGCCGGAUUCCGUUGGGGAGAGUCUGAUCUUUGGUGAGAGUCCACCGUGGGUUGGAUCGAGUAAAGCCAACAAUUUCCGGGUGAGGACACCUACAGAAGAUGAGUCCGUUUGUUCGGACGCGUACUGGGAAAAACAGAAAUCUCCCGAGACAAGUGACAUGGUAACUUUGAAUCCUGAAAAAGCAGAAGUGUCUAUAGGUGGUAAUUUUUUUGACAUCCUGGAGGAAGAUUCGUUCGAAGAAUCUCAGGUCAAAAAAGUAGAUUGUAAUGAUAUUUACUCUCACUCGAUGCAAAAGAAUUCAUCCGAGAGUGUUUGCGAUGAAAAUUGUCACGUUUCAACUCCAGAGACCUUACGCAAUGAUACUAGAAGCCUUUUUCAAGACCUUUCAGACAAAGGUCCUAAAAGUAUAUUGAAGAACAAGAUGAACGUUGAGUGCAACGCAAACGCAACUGCGGCUCUGACAUUGAUAGGCGACGUGACCAACGAUGGCGCUGCAGGGGAAUUCAAUAACGUAAACUUUCCUCACUGCCCAUUGAUGUUACGCUAUUUCAGAACGAUAUUCGGCCUUCAGCAGUUCAGGCCGAACCAGCUUUCGGCGAUAAAUGCAGUGAUUCUCUCUCACGACUGUUUCAUCCUGAUGCCGACCGGAGGUGGAAAAUCGUUGUGCUACCAGUUACCUGCCCUGCUCUCGGAAGGAGUCACGAUCGUCAUCUCGCCUCUCAGGAGCCUCAUCAUCGAUCAGACCCAAAAGCUGACGAACCUCGACAUCCCAGCCAUGUAUCUCACAUCGGAUUUGAACAAUAAAAAUGCCCGACUAGUUAUUCAGGGAAUGUAUCGUACCCCGGAACCGAUCGUCAAGCUUUUGUACGUCACUCCAGAGAAGAUGUCGUUGUCGGAGACGUUUCGAUCGUGCUUGCAAGCGCUUCACAAGCGCGGUAAACUCGCGCGUUUUGUCAUCGACGAGGUGCACUGCGUGAGCCAGUGGGGCCACGACUUUCGUCCCGAUUAUAAAAAGCUCAAAAUGAUCAAGGAACAAUUUCCCGACGUACAAGUCGUGGCCCUGACCGCUACCGCUACUCAACGAGUGAGGAGCGACAUUUUGCACCAAUUGAAUUUGAGAUCGCCCAAGUGGUUUAUAUCGAGCUUCAACCGGCCGAAUUUACGCUACAGUGUUGUACCCAGGAAAGCAAGGUCAACACGGGAUGCAGUAGUAGAUUUGGUCGUGGGCAAAUUUAAAAAUGAGUGCGGCAUCGUGUACUGUUUGUCGCGCAGCGAUUGCGACCUUUGUGCUUCAGCGCUGCACAACAAAGGGAUUCAAGCUCUGAGUUACCAUGCCGGCCUCGAAGAUAACGAACGAAACAUUCGUCAGAGCAACUGGAGCUCGGAAAAGGUAAAGGUGAUUUGCGCAACGGUGGCGUUCGGCAUGGGCAUUGAUAAACCUAAUGUUCGUUUCGUCAUCCACGCUUCGAUACCCAAAUCUAUAGAAGCCUAUUAUCAAGAAAGCGGCCGAGCUGGAAGGGACGGCGAAAUUGCCGAUUGUAUUUUACUGUACAAUUACAGUGACGUGCAUCGUCUGCGUCAUAUCAUCGAGACGAGCGAAAACGUGACCACCGAGUCUUUGAAAACGCACAUGAACAAUCUGUACAAGAUCGUUCACUUUUGCGAAAAUUUGACCGACUGUCGUCGAUCACUGCAGCUCAACUAUUUUGGGGAAAAGUUCGAUAGGAAAAUAUGUAUCGAAAACAGUCAAAGUACUUGCGAUAACUGCCGUACUUACGGAAGCUUUUUUUCGGUCGACGUCACUAAUCACGCCAAAGCUUUGGUCAGUCUGAUCGUCGAGCUCAAUCACAUUAGAACAAAUAAUAUCACGAUAUUACAAAUCGUCGAUAUUUACAAAGGCUCCGACGUAUCAAACAUUGCUUAUAAAUUAGGGUACAACUAUCACAAAUAUUUCGGCUGUGGCGCCGAAAUGACGAAGCACGAAAUCGAACGAUUGAUGCACAAUUUAAUCGUUGAAGGCUACCUUUGUGAAAAUCUUCAGCUGAACAAUGGCAUAGUUUGUUCUUACGUCGUACCUGGACCACUUGCAUCGGACUUUUCACAAAGUGACGCACAGAUUUUCCUUCAAAAGAGAAAACCAUCGCAACGACGCCAAACCUGCGUGCAGGAAAACAAACCAGUGUUGCCUGAAACUAACGCUCGUCUCAAAAACAUCGAGGAGAGCUGUUAUCGCGAACUCUUUGAUGUGAUUUCUGGCAUCGCGGAAGCUAUGGGGAUGCGCGCCAAUACGGCAAUGAACCUUACGGCAUUGCGAGAGAUGAGCAGACAGCUACCCACUUCGCAGCGAGCGAUGAUGCGCAUACCUCACGUUACCAAAGCCAAUUUUCAGAAAUACGGCCGUACGCUACUCGAAAUUAUUUCGAAGUAUGCUAAGGAAAAAAAGAAGAUACUUCGUGAAGAUCAGAAAAACCAAUCGAAUGUCGAUAAUCAUUUGCAAUUUGAUGACGAGGACGGUGAUCCGAUAGAAUGGGAGGAUAUUGUAGACGCUCAUAAUCAAGUAAACACUGAUGUUAAUCAUACAAAUAAAAGCGUUUACCAAUCAUUUAAAACGACUGCUCCACCAAAGAGAAAAAGCACUCAAACGAAUAUUAGUUCGUAUUUAAAAAAGAGCAAGACGACUCCAAGUAGUACCCUAAGCAAGACACUUCCACCAUCUGCAAAAACUUUCUCCACAGAUGUAAAUAAUGGACCGGGACUGUGCGAACUGAAAAAGUUUCCACCUAAAAAACCUUAA